CUGUACCCUCCUUGGUAAUUUCCUUCUCUUCCUUUCGCUCAAAAUCCCUCCCGGGAAAUCCAAAACCAAAAACCCACCCAUUUCCCGCCAAAUCCCCGAACACACCCCCACAAAACCCCAACUCCAAAAAUCAAAUCCACAAAUUCCCACCCACCAACCAAGCCAAGCGAAGCCAAACCCAUUUCCAAAGCCGCCAUGAAAGUCCGGUCAGUGAAGCUCAGGGAGGCCCACAAGGCUGCCUCCUCCAGCAAUGGCCGUGGCGGCGGCUCCUUCUGCUCCGUGGUGUGGGACCAGCAAGCACAUCACCUCGUCACUGCCUCCUCUUCUGACCCUUCUAUCUCCAUCCACGACCCUCUUCUUCCUUCAAGCGCUCCCAGGAUCCUCCGCCACCACCGCGACGGCGUCACCGCCGUCGCCAUUAGCCCCAACUCCACUUGCCUCGCUUCCGGAUCCAUCGAUCACUCCGUCAAGCUCUACAAAUUUCCCGGUGGAGAGUUUGAGACUAAUAUUACUAGAUUCACAUUGCCAAUACGUGCCCUUGCAUUUAAUAGAUCAGGGAGCAUGUUGGCAGCCGCGGGUGAUGAUGAGGGGAUUAAGCUGAUAAACACAAUUGAUGGUUCAAUUGCAAGAGUUCUCAAAGGACAUAAAGGGCCUGUAACUGGCUUAGCUUUUGACCCCAAGAGUGAAUACUUGUCAUCUGUUGAUUCAACUGGGACUGUCAUAUUUUGGGAGCUUCAGUCUGGAGUAGCAUUGCACACUCUUAAAGGCGUAGCUCCUGACAUUGGUUUAGACCUUUCCGUCAUGAAUGUGAUUAGCUGGAGUCCUGAUGGGGAGACCUUAGCUGUCCCAGGUUUGAGAAAUGAUGUAGUGAUGUACGAUAGAGAUACAGCUGAGAAACUGUUUACAUUGAGAGGUGAUCACAUACAACCUAUUUGUUUCUUGUCUUGGUCACCCAACGGUAAAUACUUGGCUACCUCUGGUUUAGAUAGGCAAGUUCUUAUCUGGGAUGUUGAUCGGAAGCAGGAUAUUGACAGGCAGAAAUUUGAUGAUAAAAUAUGUUGCAUGGCAUGGAAGCCAAUUAGCAAUGCACUGGCUAUUAUUGAUGUUAUGGGAAAGUAUGGCAUAUGGGAAUCAGUUGUUCCUUCGUCAAUGAAAUCUCCUACUGAGGAUAUUCCAAAAUUAAAUUCAAAGAAUAGUAAUGGGCUCCUUUUUUUUGAUGAAGAGGAAGAAGAUCUUAGUGCCUCUGGUAGUCUAAGUGAUCUUGGUGAAGGUAGCCAUGGUGAAUCUGAGCCUCCUAGCAGAAAAAGGCUACGCAAACCAUCUGCAUAUGAGGAGAAUGGUAAUGAUGAAUGGAGCUUGCGUCCAAAGGUUGAAUCCCGUAAGAAAGCGAAUCGUAUUGAGAAGGAAAGCUUGAAUAACAGGAAUGAGGGGUUAAGAAGCAUAACAUCUGCUAGGCCGAAAAUGCAGGAGUCAUUUCAGCCAGGUGCUACUCCUGUGCUGCCUGGAAAAAGGAGUUUUUUGUGCUACAACAUGGUUGGAAGUAUAACCACAAUUGAGCAUGAUGGAUACUCCCAUAUAGAGAUAGACUUUCAUGACACUGGUAGUGGUCCCCGAGUUCCGUCAAUGACUGAUCAUUUUGGCUUUACAAUGGCUGCGUUAAAUGAAAAUGGAAGCAUUUUUGCUAACCCUUGCAAGGGUGAGAAGAGCAUGAGUACUCUUAUGUAUCGCCCAUUCAGUACUUGGGCAAACAAUAGUGAGUGGUCUAUGCGAUUAGAAGGGGAAGAAGUGAAGGCUGUGGCACUUGGUACUGCCUGGGUGGCUGCAAUUACGAGUUUUAAUUUUCUUCGUAUAUUUUCUGAGAGUGGUUUGCAGAGACAUAUUCUCUCCCUUAACGGGCCAGUGGUUACCGCAUCAGGCUUCAAGGAUGAACUUGCAAUUGUCACUCAUGCUUGUGACUGUCUUCCCUCAAAUGAUCAGAUGUUAGAGUUUACAGUAUUCAACAUAUCUACUGGAACCCAGUCUCUCAAAGGACGUCUUCCAUUAACCCCUGGUUCACAUCUAACGUGGUUUGGGUUUAGUGAAGAAGGCCAAUUAAGCUCCUAUGAUUCUAAGGGUGUGCUGAGAGUGUAUACCAGCCAAUAUGGCGGCAGUUGGCUCCCACUCUUCAGCGCUAGUAAAGAGAAGUCAGAUGAAAACUAUUGGGUGGUUGGGUUGAACGCAAGCAAGCUGUUUUGUAUUGUUUGUAAAAAACCAGACUUAUUCCCACAGGUGAUGCCCAAACCAGUUCUCACCUUGCUAAAUCUUUCAUUUCCUGUGGCAUCCUCGGACCUUGGAGCUGAAGCUCUUGAGAAUGAGUUUAUACUAAACAACAUGCAUCUCUUACAGAUUCAAAAGAGAAUGGAAGAAAUGGCUGGUGCUGGGUUGGACACAACUUCACUUGAUGAUGAGGCUUUCAAUACUGAAGCAGCUCAAGAUAGGUGCAUCUUGCGGCUUAUUGCUUCCUGCUGCAAUGGUGAUAAGCUUGUGAGGGCUAUUGAACUUGUGAAGCUUUUAUCAUUGGAAAAAUCUGUGAAGGGUGCAAUCAAGCUUGUUACUGCACUGAAGCUUCCUAACUUGGCUGAACGGUUCAAUAGUGUGUUGGAGGAAAGAUUGCUUAAUGAAGCUAAAGGGACGAAGCAAACCACUCUCCCAAGCUCAAGCGGUGAUGCACCUGUCAUGGCUAAUGUUGCAGUCAGCAAGACCUUAGUUUCUUCUGAAACAAGUAAAACAUCAGAAACUGUAAUUUCAUCAUCUUCACCAAAAUUGACUGCUCCUCUGUUUACUAAGAAGGCCAAAUCACAAGAGGGUGCUAAAGGUGGAAUAAAGAAAACAGAACAGAAACAAACUACAUUACUAGAUGACAUUGACAAGGAAAAGAAGGUGGAUGAGGUAAAAAAUGCAGUGGAAGCAAGGAAGAUAGGAGAAAUGUCUCAGAUACAAACAGAUCACCCAUCUAAUCUGUUUAUAAAGUCAUCAAACAAGCAGGAGGUAAAGAAAGUAGGGGAGAAUCAAGUACAAUCUCAUCGUCCAUCAAAUCCAUUUCUAAAGUCAUCUGUCAAGUGAUGUCCUUUCUGUUUGAUCCUUCCAAUUAAUAUCAGGAAGACAGCAGGGACAGGUAAAAGAUAAAGAUCAAAUCAUGUAAUCUGCCUUAACCCCAGCUGAGAUGGCCUAGACCAGCAUUCUGUCUUCCAUUCUAUCUCUGGGUCACCAUGCAUUGAGGAAAAUUUGAUCUACAUUUCUGAGGCACAAUAAAAUGAGGUACUAUGGAAUGUGUUCUUCUGUAAUUAUGUACUUGAGAAGCAUAGGGGCUUCAUUCUUGUCUCUAAAUCUCUGCUGUCACAAUGCAUGGUUGCAUUGUAUGUUUGUAUCACAGCAAGCAACCACAUUGUAUAUCAGUUGUAUUGUUAGUGUCAUUCAGUUUUGAACUGUUCUCUGUAGCAACUGAUAGUUUAUAAAAACUGAGAAACUUGAUACAAAUUAAGUGAUCAGAUGGUUGUGAAGAA